AGCUGCCGGGCGGGGUUCAGCCCGGCCUGUUCCAACUGUGAGAGGCGGCCAUUUUCGGGAAGAGUUGAUAAACCACCGAGUCCUCUUCCCCGCGAAGAACGAGGCCGGAGGAACCGCAGAAGAAGAGGCGCCCUCGGUCUUGACGUGUCAGGCCGCUCGAGUGGCGAGAAGGAUGCUUUCUUUUUCUACCACGGUGCAGCCCCAGGUCACAGUUUCUUUGAGCCACCUCAUAAAUGCAUUUCAUUCACCCAAAAGUUUAACACAGUCUUUCAUCCCAACGUCCACCCAGUCUGUACAGAAAGAAGCACCACCUGAACAUGAUGUGUUGAACCCUGAACCAUUACUUAGUCUACGAGACCUAGGACUGAGUGAUUUGAAAAUUAGCCAACUUGAUGAAAUAGUGAACAAGCUGAUUCCUGGUUUUGGUGAACAAAAUAAAAUACCCUCACAUUGGCAAACAUCAUAUGUAUCGGCACAGUCUUUUUUUGAAAAUAAAUAUGGUUUUGCAGACACAUUUAGAGUUUUACGUUCCUCUUACCUCUACAGACAGCAUCCUAAUCCUCCCCGGAGUAUAUGUUCCAAUCUUCAACAUUGGCCAGUUCUCAUUCAGUCUCGAGGAUUUAAGACUCUGAAAUCAAGAGCAAGACGGCUACAGUCCACAUCAGAACAUGCAGCAGAAGCAGAAGAGGUAGCUCCCUCAUUUGUAAAGGGCCUUUUACUGAGAGAGAAAGUAUCUGAGAUUGAAAGCUUAGACAAACUGAUGAAAAGAAAAAACAUACCUGAAGCUCAUCAAGAUGCUUUUAAAACUGGGUUUGCAGAGGGUUUUUUGAAAUCACAGGCCCUUGCCCAGCGCACAAUUGAUUCCUUAAGACGAACCCGAUUAUUUGUCUUUCUAGCAGUGUUGUUUGGUAUUUAUACUGUAUUAAAAAGCCAGUUCUUACCUAAAGGCUCUUUUUCUGAUGCUGUACGUUUUCGAGCAAGUUCUGGGCUUGAUGCAGCAGUGGAUCCUAUUCAGAUGAAAAAUAUCACCUUUGACCAUGUGAAAGGGGUAGAUGAAGCUAAGCAAGAGUUGCAGGAAAUUGUAGAAUUUCUGAAAAAUCCCCAGAAAUUUACCAUACUAGGAGGUAAACUCCCUAAAGGUGUUCUGUUGGUAGGUCCACCUGGUACUGGCAAAACUCUGCUUGCCAGGGCUGUGGCAGGAGAAGCCGAUGUUCCCUUCUAUUAUGCUUCUGGGUCUGAAUUUGAUGAGAUGUUUGUUGGAGUGGGAGCCAGCCGUAUCAGAAAUCUAUUUAAGGAAGCAAAAGCAAAUUCACCUAGUGUUAUAUUCAUUGAUGAGUUGGAUUCAGUUGGUGGCAAACGAGUAGAAUCUCCAAUGCAUCCCUACUCAAAGCAGACUAUAAACCAGCUCCUUGCUGAAAUGGAUGGCUUUAAAUCUAAUGAAGGAAUAAUUAUCAUUGGUGCAACAAACUUCCCUGAAGCACUAGAUAAUGCUUUGUUACGCCCUGGCCGCUUUGACAUGCAAGUUACAGUCCCCAGGCCAGAUGUCAAGGGACGAACAGAAAUUUUGAAAUGGUAUCUUAAUAAAAUAAAAUAUGAUAAGUCCAUUAAUCCAGAAAUCAUUGCAAGAGGCACAGUAGGAUUUUCUGGAGCUGAAUUGGAAAACCUUGUGAAUCAAGCUGCAUUAAAAGCAGCAAUUGAUGAAAAGGAUAUGGUUACUAUGAAGGAACUAGAAUUUGCAAAGGACAAAAUUGUCAUGGGUCCUGAGCGUAGAAGUGUAGAAAUUGGCGAUAAAAAUAAAACAAUCACAGCAUAUCAUGAAUCUGGGCAUGCCAUUAUUGCAUAUUAUACCAAAGAUGCAAUGCCAAUCAAUAAAGCCACAAUUAUGCCACGAGGACCAACACUUGGACAUGUUUCCAUGUUGCCAGAAAGUGACAGAUGGAAUGAAACUAGAUCUCAGCUGCUUGCCCAGAUGGAUGUCAGUAUGGGGGGAAGAGUAGCAGAAGAACUCAUAUUUGGCAGUGAUCACAUCACAACAGGUUCUUCUAAUGACUUUGAGAAUGCUACCAGGAUAGCACAACUCAUGGUGACCAGAUUUGGAAUGAGUGACAGGCUUGGUGUCAUGACCUAUAGAGAGGCAACAAAUUUCAGCCCGGAAACCCAAUCUGCAAUUGAACAAGAAAUAAGAGCUCUUUUAAAGGACUCAUAUGAACGGGCAAAGAGUAUCUUGAAGGCCCAUGCAAAAGAACACAAGAAUUUAGCAGAAGCGUUAUUAACCUACGAGACCUUGGAUGCCAAAGAAAUUCAGAUUGUUUUAGAAGGCAAAAAACUUGAAUAAACUUGGAAGAACCUCAAGUUCAUUUCAUUAUUGGAAUUCCAAACUGCUAUGCUGUUCCAUUACAAAUAUAUACUUUUUUAGCAAUAAACUGUAAAAGAUGUGCAAAUGCAGCAUGUUUAGCACAUUGGGAAAUCAUAUAUUUUAAUUAUUCAAAGUGCUUUUUAAACUUUUCCUCCUAUUGUAAAACUGCUUUUACUCUGGUUGCCCUCAUAUGUAAAUUGAGGUGUAUAAAACAUAUUUUAAAUCUGUAAAUAAAUUUGAGAGUUAAGCAAAAUGUGUAAUUUUUUAAUAGCUUGAAUUUCCAUAAACUUUUUUUUGUGAGAAUUUCUGCUACUUUGUUGCUGCUACUUUACCUGUUCAAAACAUAAAUAUGGAGACUUUACAAUUUAAGACUGAAUUGUUAAAUACAUUUCACAUUGUCAAUAUUUAGAUUCUAUGGAAUCCUGUAACUUCUAAUGCAUUUUCUCUUUCACGAAGCCUUGUUAAGUUUUGAGAUGGCAAGAAUAACUUGCUAGCAAGUUUCAUACUGUAUGUAUGUUCCUGCGAAAGCAAAGAAUUAAAAUUGAAUA